GGUGUCAGCACCUCUGGCUAUGAAACUAGCGUAUAAAUUCUUCGCAUAGGUCGAGUGUAAUCAGAUAUCGCUUGCCUGUCGAAACAGACACCAGCAGACAUCAUCAUGAGCUCUAAGGUCCUACUUGUAUCCUUAUGCCUUGUGGCUGUGGCGAUGGGACGCCCUGAUGGUUCCCAUGCCCCUGCAGGGUACGGGUAUGAUGCCCCUAAGCAUCAUCAGAGCUACGAGAAGGGGAGGCCAUUCGAAUACUCCUACGUCGUCAAGGACGCCUACCAAAACCUCGACUUCGGUCACAAGUCCACCUCCGACGGGAAGGUGGUGACCGGCGACUACCACGUCCUCCUCCCCGACGGUCGCAAUCACACCGUCGUUUACACCGCCGAUCACAACGGCUACCGGGCUCAGGUUGCUUACCACGGAGAAGCCAGGUACCCCGAAGCCAAGCCCUAUGCCCCUGCCCCAUCCUACGGCGCCCAUAAUCCCACUUACGGUGCUCCCGCGCCCACUUACAAAGAACCUACCCCCGUUUAUGGAGCCCCAGCUCCCUCUUAUUAAAAAUCCCUCAAAGACGUUCCCGGUCACUGGAUGGUUUAGUUCUAGGA